AUGGAUCUUUUUGAACAGACAAGUGCCUUUUAUGAUGUUAUCAUUUUGCAGACCGUGCUAGAGGAGCUCAAGAACCAGUCUCUACCUUUAUACAACCGGCUAAUAUCCCUGAUAAGGAGUGAAGAGAAACGAUACUACCUGUUUUUUAACGAAUUCCGGCUGGAAACCCAUGUCAGAAGAGGCGCGGAUGAGAGUAUUAAUGACCGCAACGAUCGGGCUGUGAGAACAGCUGCAAAGUGGUACACAGAGCAUCUCCAGGCGGUCACAAGGGAUAGCCAGAAGGAACAAAGUGCCCCUGCCAUCGUAGUGAUUACAGAUGACAAGGGAAACCGUGCCAAGGCAGAUGAAGAGGGUGUGGUUGCUCUGUCCUUGACAGAAUAUAUAUCCGGGCUUGAAGAUGCAGACAGACUACUGGACAUGCUCAAUGAGUCAAGAUCGGCUCAUGAUGCUAAGCCAAAGAAGGGAGAGAUGUUAUACUCUGCCUAUUAUUCUAUGUCAAAGAUAAUGACACUGAUAAGAGCUGGUACUUUGCACCAGGGUGUAUUCAAUGUUUCUCCCUACAACUAUCUAGAGGGCAGCGUGAAUGUCCCUGCUUUUGAGAAGUCACUACUUAUUCUAGGAAGAGAUAAGAGCAACAGGGCAAUUUCUGGAGAUAUUGUUGUUGUUGAGGUACUGCCCAAGGAUCAGUGGAAAACACCCUCCUCGAAAAUCAUUGAUGAGGAAGCUUUAACAAAAGAUGAUAAUCCCGAGGCUGAAGAAAACGAGGCUGUAGUGACAGAGCGUGAGAGGAAAGCUCUGCAGGAGGAGGUCCGAAAAGCUCAUGGGACGGGAACUGAAAGCCGCCCGCAGCCUACCGCAAAGGUGGUCGGUAUCAUCAAGAGAAACUGGCGACAAUACGUUGGACACAUUGAUGGGUCAUCUAGCUCGCAAGCUUCGUCUGCCGGUCGACGCCAACAGACUGUCUUCGUCAUUCCCAUGGACAAACGAGUGCCUAAGAUAAGAAUACGGACUCGACAAGCAAACGAGCUUAUGGGGCAGAGAAUACUGGUCACAAUAGAUGCCUGGGAUAGGGAUUCUCGAUAUCCCGUGGGUCACUUCGUGCGCUCCCUGGGAGAGGUAGAAACCAAGGGCGCUGAGACAGAGGCACUUUUGUUGGAGUAUGAUGUGCAAUAUAGACCGUUUCCCCAGACAGUUCUGGAUUGCCUACCGCCGGAGGGCCAUGAUUGGAAGGUUCCGAAGGACAUGUCAGACCCUGGAUGGAAAGACAGAAAAGACUUGAGAGAUUUACUUGUUUGCAGUAUUGACCCUCCCGGUUGUCAAGAUAUUGAUGAUGCACUUCACUCCCGGCCAUUACCAAAUGGUAACUUUGAAGUCGGUGUUCAUAUCGCAGAUGUCUCCAACUUUGUGCGGCCAAAUAAUGCCAUGGAUACAGAGGCUAGCAUGCGAGGAACAACGGUCUAUUUGGUAGACAAGCGAAUAGACAUGCUUCCAAUGCUACUUGGAACUGAUCUCUGCUCUCUUAAGCCCCACGUUGAACGUUACGCAUUUUCCGUGUUGUGGGAAAUAACUCCUGAAGCAGAAGUUGUGUCUUCUAGUUUUACCAAGUCCGUUAUCUUUUCCCGUGAGGCAUUCAGUUAUGAACAGGCUCAAUUGCGUAUCGAUGAUCAGUCGAAAACAGAUGACCUGACAGCAAGUAUGCGUACUCUCCUGCGACUGUCAAAAUUGCUUCGACAAAAGAGAAUGGAGGCGGGAGCACUAAACCUUGCCUCCCCAGAGGUCCGCAUUGAAACAGACUCGGAGCUCUCUGAUCCUGUUGCAGAUGUCAAGACAAAAGCUCUUUUAGAUACAAACAGCCUCGUUGAAGAGUUCAUGCUUCUCGCCAAUAUCUCGGUAGCAGCCAGGAUCUAUGAAUCGUACCCUCAAACGGCCCUUUUGCGAAGACAUGCUACACCGCCACCUUCAAACUUCGAGGAGCUAAUAACCCAGCUUUCGAAAAAGCGCAGUCUGACACUCGAUGUGUCUAGCUCCCUAGCACUAGCUAAUUCCCUGGAUAAAUGCAUUGACGAGAGAAAUCCUUUUUUCAACACUCUCAUUCGUAUCCUAGCUACGCGAUGCAUGACUUCCGCAGAAUAUUUCUGCGCCGGGGCACAUUCAGAAUCCGAAUUCAGACAUUAUGGACUUGCUUCGCCAAUAUAUACCCAUUUCACGUCGCCUAUUCGACGAUAUGCUGAUCUUGUUGUUCAUCGACAGUUGGCUGCCGCCAUCGGCUAUGAGGGACCAGGAGCUUCUGCUGGCGAAGGAUUAACUACUCGAAGUAAGCUAGAAGACAUUUGCAAGAAUAUCAACCAUAGGCAUCGAAAUGCCCAGUUUGCUGGUCGAGCCAGUAUAGAAUAUUACGUUGGCCAAGCGCUAAAGGCCAGGGGUGAGAUGGAAGCCAAGCGUCUCGGCUCUGAAGUCGCUCCAGGUGUGGAUGAAGAAGGCUACGUGAUGCGCGUAUUUGAUAACGGCGUUGUUGUAUUCAUUCCACGAUUUGGCAUCGAAGGUGUUGUCCGGCUAGAAGAUUUCGUUUUGGAUGCGCAGCAGGCAAAGGUCUUUGAUCCCAGUGCAAGCAAGCAGCUUGCUGCCAGGAGAGAAAGUGAAUUUGACAAUGAGCAAUACUCCCUUAAGGCUUGGGAGAAAGAAGGGGAUGAGGGAGAUGAAGGGACCAAGGCGACGCCAACAUCGAAGAGCAUGGUUGUUGAAUUAUUUGAUAAAGUCAAGGUUAAUGUUAGUUCUGUCAAAGAGGAAAAGGGACGUGGAGCAGGCAAAAGGAGAGUGCGAGUGUUGAUUCUAGAGAAGGCAUGA